AUGAACAAUAGCACUGAAGCCACAGUGAACGGCAUCUGCAAUGAGCACCAUCACGAAGUAUGCCCCUAUGAGCCUAUCGCCAUCAUAGGCAUGGGCAUGAGACUCCCAGGACGUGUCUACAACGCCACAGAUUACUGGGACCUUCUCGUUAACGGGAGGAGUGGCCGUUGCCGAGUCCCAAAGAGCCGUUACAACGUCGAUACGUGGUAUGGUCCUGGGAAAGCCGCUCACGUGCCUAGCGAGUUUGGCUACUUCCUCGAUGACUUGAAUUUGGCACACGUGGAUCCCAGCUUUUGGUCAUUCACGAAACAGGAGGCUGAACUCAUGGACCCCCGGCAACGGCUACUCCUCGAAGUCGCCUAUGAAGCUUUCGAGAACUCGGGGUCGACGAGGUGGAGAGGAAGCGAUGUUGGAGUCUACGUCGGGACUAUGGGUGAAGACUGGAGCCAGCUUGAGUCCCGUGACAGUCAAAGCCUACAACAGGUCCGCCCUGAUGUGUAUGGAGACUACAUCAUUGCCAACCGGGCAUCCUAUGAGUUUGAUCUUACGGGACCGAGCGUAGUUGUACGGACUGCAUGCUCUGCGUCUCUUGUUGCACUGCAUCAGGCAUGCCAAGACCUGCACAGCGGAGACUGUUCGUCUGCCCUCGUUGGGGGCGUCAACCUCAUUCUCAACGCGAGAGACACUGGUGUCAUGCAGCAAAACGGUGUACUUUCUCCUUCAGCAUCCUGCAAAAGCUUUGAUGCAGAUGCCGAUGGGUUCGCCCGCGGUGAAGGUGUCUCUGCCAUUUACAUCAAGAAGAUAUCAGAUGCAGUACGCGAUGGCGAUCCUAUCCGGGCAGUAAUCCGAUCUACCUGCACUGCCGGAAACGGCAGAACCCCAGGACUGACGACACCGAACCCUGAGGUCCAUGAAAGGCUCAUGAGAAGGGGACACAAGUUGGCUGGGAUCACAGACCUGUCGAAGACUGCGAUGGUUGAAUGCCACGGCACUGGCACUUUUGUCGGAGAUCCGUUGGAAGUCAGCGCAGUGGCCAACAUCUGGGGCAAUCAUGGUAUUUACAUCGGAUCAGUCAAGCCAAAUAUUGGACAUGGCGAAGGGGCUUCCGGGUUGUCCAGCGUCAUAAAAAUGGUUUUGGCCCUGGAGAACUCUACCAUCCCACCAAAUAUCAACUUCAAGACUCCUAAUCCUCGAAUAUCGCCAGACAUGAUCUGGGUCUUCACUGGUCAAGGAGCCCAGUGGGCUCAAAUGGGCAAAGAACUUCUAGAGCAAGAGGGUCUGUUCCGAGACAGGAUAGAUGCCAUGGACAAAGUUGUGGCAGGUCUUCCUGAUCCUCCACCGUGGACGCUACGAGAGCUACUUUCCGCUCCGAAAGAAAAGAGCCGUCUCCACGAAGCAGAGUUUUCACAGCCGUGCUUGGUCGCGAUUCAAGUUGCGCUCGUUGACAUGCUUCGCUCAUGGGGCGUCGCACCAACUGCGGUAGUGGGGCAUUCUUCGGGCGAGACCGCUGCUGCGUAUGCGACUGGAGCGAUCACAGCUGACGAGGCUAUCCUGAUCGCCUAUCACCGUGGUCAGAUCACUCGUCUCAUCAAAGCUGCACACAACGGCAGUAUGGCAGCAGUCGGUCUCGGUAGAGAGCAAAUUGAGCGAUUUCUUCGUCCGGGCGUCAUCAUCGGAUGUGACAACUCUCCAUCCAAUGUCACUCUGUCAGGUGAAAGCGAUGUCCUAAACACGAUUCUUCAGGAUGUUUGCUCCAAAAACCCGGAUGUGCUCGCUCGAAGGCUCCGCGUUGAGUGCGGAUAUCACUCUCAUCACAUGAAGACUGCCGCCGCCGACUUCACAUCCCGUUUGGAGGGACUCCUUCAAAACAAGGAGCCCCUAAUUCCAUUUUACUCCUCUGUAACAGGGGAGAAGAACACAGAUAUGUGUCAUACUUAUUGGGUUCGUAACGUCAUCUCGCCCGUUCUGUUCAACAAAGCGGUACAAAGCGUCCUGGAUGAUUUCAAAUCUCCAGUUUUCGUCGAAAUUGGCCCGCAUUCAGCCCUUGCCGGACCUAUCCGUCAAAUCUCCCACUUCAAAAACAUGCCGGUCCAGUACAUAUCGACGCUGGUGCGGAACCAGGAUGCACUUGCAGCUGUUCUCAAGACUGCGGGAGAACUCUGGCUGGCCAACGCUCAGAUUGAUGUUGCUGCAGUCAAUCCGCCGGGUCGGUUCCUGACGGACCUUCCGACAUAUCCUUGGCAUUACGAUAAGGAGUACUGGAAAGAGAGCAGGCUUUCUCGCAGUUGGCGAUUCAGAAAAUUCGAUCAGCAUGAACUUCUCGGUUCUCGUGUCGAAGAGACCUCCGAUGCCUGCCCCGCUUGGAGGUGUAUUCUCCGCGUCGAAGAUGUCCCAUGGCUACAAGACCACAUUAUCCGGGACAGUAUGAUAUUUCCUGCCUCUGGUUUUAUUGCCAUGGUUGGAGAAGCCCUAAGGCAGCUCAACGGCUCUGUGGACUUUACAAUGGAAGAUGUAUCUUUGAAGUCGGCAUUGGUUCUUGAUGACAAGCCGUUAGAGAUUGUGACGGUGCUCAACCCGGCGAGGUCAAAUAGCACAAGUGCGAAUGUCUCAUACGACUUCUCGAUUUCUUCACUCACAGAAGGGAGUGAAGUCUGGGUCAAACAUAUUUGCGGUCAGUGCAAAAUUGGCUCCGAUCAGAAGCAUUGCGUCCCCGAGAUGGCCGUUCUACCACGUAAAGCUUCAGCAACUUCAUUCUACGGCACUUGGAAGAGACACGGCCUGAAAUACGGCCCCAGCUUUUGUGGUAUUUCCAACAUCAGUUCCCACGUCACCGAAGCCAAGGCCAUUGCAACUCUGGAUGGCAAGUUCACGACUUACACCAACUCGAUCUAUUCUCUGCAUCCAGUAACUCUUGACACAAGCAUGCAUGUGGCAAUGAUAUCUGCAUGCCGCGGUCUGGAGAGAAACUUCAAGGAACUGGUAGUGCCUACAUACAUCCAAAAGGUGUACGUCGCUCGAUCAACGGGACAGAUUCAAGUCAUGGCUAGUGCCGACAACAGGACCGACGUAACUGCUACCAGCAGUAUCGUCGGAGUGUCCGACGCGCGAGUUGUGAUCGAGAUUUCUGGCCUGCAGGUCAGCCCCCUCGAUGGAGUGAUUGGCAAUGAAGAAGACGAUCCUCAUGCCGGUGCCAUUUUGAAAUGGAUGCCAGACAUCAACUUCAUCAAGCCGACUCAGCUAUUCCGCCGUCGCGACAUGGGUCCGAGUUUCAACGUUUUGAACGAGCUGGUCUUGGCCUGCAUCGUUGAUCUGAGAACUCAGCUUCAGUUUCUCCCUGCGACCCAACCGCACUUCGUGGGCUACAAGAGUUGGCUUGAUGCUUCGUAUCGAGAGGCUAUGACGGGGCAGUACACAGAAGUCAUCAACGCUUUCGACAUCGCAACGAUGAGUCACAAGACAAGGCUCGAAGCAAUCGGAAAACUGACCGAGUCUUGCAAGCGUACUGCCGCUAUGGACGCCUCUGUGUCAAUCUUCCGCGUCCAUACCUACGGCGCAGAUUACUUUUCUGGGUUGCCACACGCGAUCAAACCACUGACACAGCCCAGCCAUUCUGCUGGGUCUGCUAGUCUCAUAUCUGAUGUGGACUUCUCCGAUUUCAUUCGACUUCUAGGGCACAAGACCCCAGGCAUGAGAGUCCUGCACAUAGGCGCCAGGGAAAGCGACGACUCCUUAUCGAAACUUUUGUCUUCUGAUAAGAAUAAUCGCUCAUAUGGAAGUUACGUGUACACCGGUGUUUCUCCAAAGCCGUCAAAGUCUUUAGAGAAGCGAUUCGUAUCAGCCCCCGCUGUUACUUACAAGCAAUUGUUGAUUGAAACAGAUCCAGCUUCACAAGGCUUCUUUGCAGAAUCUUUCGAUCUUAUCAUCUCCGAACCCACACUCUCCUCUUUCUCAAACGCUUCCAUAGCAAACAUGCGAAGACUACUGAGUCCGCGAGGUUAUUUGGUUCUCCAACAUGCAAACCCCGAGUCCAGAGUCCUCCGGUUCACAUAUGGGCUGUCUACUGACUUCAAGUUCGGUUCUGGGUCCCUGAGUAACCCAGAUUUUCUGCUCGAUCAGCUCAGUAACGCUGGUUUCGACAAUGCCUCAACCUUUGCCUUCACAGGAGAGCAUGGUAGGGUCACUGUCGCCACACCACUUUUCGACUUCCCAAAGAUGACCAAGGCCAGUAUCGUCUGCCAAGACCCAAGUCAUUAUCUGGUGGCUGAGGCAGCAAGAUUGUUAGAAUCCCACGGCAUUUGCUUGCAAUUCUUCUCUCUUGGUCAAGAGCUACCUUGUGGACAGGCUGUUGUGUGUCUUCUGGAUCUUGAGUCUCCUUUCCUCCACGACAUGAAAGAGAUACAGUGGGAGAACCUUAAGAAGUCGUUGUCUUCGGCGCAAGAUGAGAAGUUCCUUUGGGUCACCGGAGCCUCUCAGAUAGACUGCAAAGACCCAAGGUACUCACUGACACUAGGUGUCACCCGCAGCAUUCGGAGAGAGUUGUCGAUUGACUUGGUCACCCUUGAAUUGGUAUCUUACGACGCCAGCGGGUGGAACGCCAUGAUCACUAUUUUUGAGUCCCUCGGCGAUCGCAUAAGUGGUGACACUACCAAGCCGGAUUCUGAGUACGUUUUCUCGGGGGGGUCUAUCCAAGUCAGUCGAUUUCUCUCUGUGAAAGUCUCCGACGACCUGCGAGAGCCAUACGAGAGCGCACCUAAGAGUUUGAAGAUGAAGAAACCCGGAGUGCUACAGUCAUUGACAUGGGAAGAAUUGGAGCCAACCCGAUUGAGCAAUGAUGACGUACAAGUAUCAGUGAAAGCUGUCGGCCUCAACGCAGAGGAUUUGAAAGUCUCAUCAGGUCACUCAACAAGCAAAAACAGCGGCUCCAGUGAUUUCGGACUCGAAGGAAGCGGUGUUGUGACAGGUGUUGGGCCAAAGGCUUGUCGUCUUCGAGUGGGCGACCGUGUCGCGUUCAACUUCAGUGGCUCCUUGGUUACUUCAAUCGUGUUACCUGAAACUCUUUGUGCAGAUAUCCCACGCGCAAUGACCUUUGAAGAGGCUACUGCGUUUCCCUACUCAUACAGCACCGUUCUGUACGGGCUUAUGGAACUUGGCAGGCUCAGGAAGAACCAGACUCUUUUAAUCCAUUCGACAUCUGAUGCUCUUGGACUGGCUGUUGUUCAAGUCGCAAGAAUGGUUGGCGCAGAUAUCUUUUGCACAGCCGAGACCGCGACACAAGCGAGAUACCUCCAGAAAUCGUAUUCCAUUCCAAGCAACCGUAUCCUCGGCUUCAAAGCGGCCUCUUUUGUGUCUGAAGUCUUGCAACAGACGGGUGGCCGGGGUGUAGACAUCGUUUUCAGCGCGCACUCUGAAACAAUCCAAGAGACUUGGAAGUGUCUUACGCCGUUCGGAACAAUGAUACAAGUCCGACAAGAUAGUAGCCAGACACCGGAGACCUUGAAGAUGAAUCAAUGUAGCAACAACCGAACUUUCGUCAACAUUGACCUCAAAGAGCUGAGAGUUCAUCGGCCAGAGGAAUGUACUCGUCUUCUGGAGCAGGCAUUCUUAUUCCACAAGUUUGGACUCAACAAACCCUCUCAGCCCAUCAGAGCCUUUCCAGCUUCUGACAUACUCUCGGCAUUCAAGCAUUUGCGAAAUGAAGAACAGAUUGGUCAAAUCGUCGUUACUAUGCCUGACAGCAGUAAAGACCUUAGAGCGCGUCCCUUGCGACAAAGCAUAGUUCUCCGUUCGGACAGAACCUAUGUCAUUGUCGGUGGUUUGGGAGGCUUGGGUCAAGCCACGGCAAGAUUUCUCGUCGAAAAGGGGGCUCGUCAUUUGAUUUUCUUCUCAAGAUCUGCUGCAGCCUUUUCCAACAGUCAGCCAGCAUAUGUCAGUGAGCUUCAAUUCCUUGGGUGCGCCGUCCAAGCCAUUCCUGGGAGCGUCAGCAACAUGGCCGAUGUGGUGAGGAUGGUCGGCUCAGCAACUACUCCGAUCGCCGGUGUCUUACACGCUGCGAUGGUCCUUCAGGACGUUCAUUUCGCCGACAUGACUUUUGAGCAAUGGCAGAUGACGGUCGCUCCAAAGGUAGAAGGAACCUGGAACCUCCAUCAUGCCCUCCAAGGACAGAGAGAGCCUCUCGACUUCUUUUUCUUGUUUAGUUCUCUUUCCGGGCUGGGAGGGCAGAUUGGCCAGGCAAACUACGCUGCCGGAAACGCAUUCCUCGACGCCUUCGUUCAAUACAGACACUCUCAGGGACUCGCAUGUUCCGUGUUGGAUAUAGGCAUCAUGGAAGAUAUUGGCGUUCUUGCGAGGGAGGCCAAUCGCCUAGAAGCUCUUCGUUCAACCUCUCAACAUUGUCUUCACGAGCAGGAUCUCCUCGAUGCCAUGGAGUUGAUGAUGAGAAGAUCCCACGCAAAGAACAGGAUACACCCAGAGGGUCUAGGUUCUUCGCCAGAAGAAUUCUUCAAUCCUAGUCAGCUUGCCAUCGGAAUGCGGUCUUCGUCUUCGGUAAACAGAACCGGCUGGCAUCAGGACCCACGCGCCGGAUUUCUAGCAAAUAUUGCAUCCUCGGAUAGACCGGUCGAUCAGCAUAGGUCAGACAGCACUCUAAAGGAUUUCCUUCAGAGCUGCACAGUGGAUCCUACAAAGUUAGAAUCUGACGAGGUGAAAUAUUUCCUGGCCGAGGAGAUUGGUGCCGCGUUACGGGGUUUUAUGAUGCGACAGGACGAAGAAGUUGACCUGACAAGGCCACUGCAAACAGACUCUUUAGUCACGGUUGAACUUCGAAAUUGGCUGCGACGGAAAGUUGGUGUGAUUUUCAAUGUCCUCGAGAUGAAGAAUGCAGAGAGUAUUGUCGCAUUAGGUGGGUUGGCGGCGAUGAGGCUUUCGGCCGUGUACAGAAAUCGUGUUCAAGACCUUAGUACUUGA